CCUGCGGUAUUUUGCGCCUUUCAUCCGUCUCUGACGCCGGUUCUCUCUAGAAGAAAAAGCAACAAUGGCUGGCUCAAUUAUUGCUUCUGUGGCCCCGUACCACAUUAUAACUUACGGCACCGCCCUGGGAACAACAUUUUUUCACACCUUUGUCACCACUGUCGUCAUGAUCCGCUCGGUCGACCUCAAAACCUUCCAGGAAGUCCUGUUUAAACUGUGGCCCUACUACUUUGGCCUACAAGCUGCCACCUCUGCCGUCCUCGCUCUUACAACUCCCGGAUCUUUGCUCACCCACAGUGGCAUUAGCGGCUUCCUUGCGCCGGCAAACCGGUGGGGUACCUUGGUGCCCAUCGCGGCCACCUUUGUCAGCAGCCUCGCCAACCUCUUUGUAGCUCUCCCCGCUACUAUCAAGCUCGAGCAGGAACGCUACGGACAAGGCAAGCGAGACGGAAAGGAGUGGUUCGAGAAGGAGGGUGCCUCGGCUGAGAUGAAGGCUCUGAACCGCAAGUUUGAUAUGCUGCACGGCCUCAGUGCGUCCCUCAACCUGACCAGUUUCUUCGGCCUGCUGGCCUAUGGUUUCACACUGGCUCGUCGCUUCCAGUAGAAACUCAACGGCAUCAUACAGACUGCAGAUGCCACCAGAAUAUCCAUUACGAGCCACCCUCGCGCCCAACUCCACUCAAGUGCUGUAGAAAAAAGAUCGCCGCUAGGUAGUAGUUAUGCAGUACAAGUCAAAAGCCGCAGGAUGUACAUUCGUCAUAAGAAUUCAAAUUUAUAAACCCAAAAAAUAUCUCUAGCCUGCUGAUGCUCUAUUCCGCAGUAAUAGCCCGUCUGAAACUCUCCAAGGGUAUAAUAUCCUGCCAUCCGUUGCGCCGCGCAAAUAUGAACCAAACGUUGCAAAGUGGACGUAAAUUCGUCAGUGUAGCCGCUGCCAUCGCCAUUCAUUUCCUACCAGAAGCAUUCUGCAGCGUGCCCUCGUGAAAGGCCAGCAGCUCUCGCUUGGCCGUCUCAAAGUCCCUCGUCUUCUGCUCCUUGUCGUCGGAUCGGGAUGCGGCAAUCUGUGCCCUCUUUUGGUUUGCUUUCAUCUGGCCCUGGAGGCUCCAUCUCCCGGGCUGGCGCUCAAGAGCCUCCUCCACGUCGAUGUCCUUGGCGGGCUGGGGAUACGCUCGCAGAAGAGGUGGCAGAGGGUUUGUCGAGACUUUGGGUGGGACGCCGCUAAUAAACUCGCGAGCCUCCAAAGUGGGAGUUGAUGCGAGUGAAGCGGAGGGAGUUGAAAAAUUGCUGCCGCUGGAAAGACUGAGUGACUCAGAGGUCAGGCGAGGGUUUGAUGACUUGGUAUCCAUGGAUACUGCGAAGGUGUCUAGCGACUCGUAGAGAAUGGGAAGUAAAGGUCCAGGUAAGAUAAGGGCUUUCGUCGCUAGGGGUAUAGAGAUAUUACGCAAAGUAGUAGCGAAGAAGAGUGUGCCUCGUCAAAUCCAAUAGGUUUCCGGAGGUUGAAG